AUGAAGGUUGCGGAGGAAGUGAGCGCUCACUCUGAAAUUAUGAGUUCGAUUUUUGUUCAUUCUUUUCAAGCUAUUAGUUUAGUUAGAUUUGUUCGUCGACUUGAUCCUUAUCCCAACGUCCACCUUCCACGCGCCGCCCACUGUUUCUUGUCGCGACCGACGCGUUUCGACAUGGGAGAAUCACGCACAGAGCUCAUCGCCUGGCUGAACGAUCUCCUUCAGAUCAAUUAUACGAAAGUUGAGCAAUGCGGGACCGGUGGCGCAUAUUGCCAGGUUAUGGACUCCAUCUUUGGUGAUGUGCCAAUGACACGAGUCAAGAUGAACGCAAAACACGAGUACGAGUUUAUCGCCAAUUUCAAAGUCUUGCAGAACAUCUUUAGAUCGCACAAGGUCGAGAAGCCCAUUCCCGUAGAGAAGUUGGUUAAAUGCAAAAUGCAAGACAACUUAGAGUUCCUGCAAUGGUGUAAACGAUACUGGGACACAAACUAUGGUGGUCAGGGCUAUGAUCCAGUAGGCCGUCGGCGAGGAGCACCCGCCGAUCCUCCCGCGACGAUUGCGCCACUUGCACCCUCAUCCUCUCGCGGAAAUGCGGCCACUCUGAAUACAGGCGGAUCCCGAGCCGGAGGUCGAACGCCGAUCGGUGGACAUCGUGCUGGCUCGACGCAGCCGAAUGAACUAGUUCAAAACCUGCAGGCCCAACUGCGUGAGAUGUCCGCUCAUUUGGAAGGCUUGGAGAAAGAGCGUGAUUUCUACUUCGCGAAGCUUCGCGAUAUCGAGAUCCUUGCUCAGCAGCAAAUGGAAGUGCUUGAGGCAGAGGGUAAAGAUGACCUCGUACUCCGGGAUAUCCAGAAAAUCUUGUAUUCAACAGAGGAGGGCUUUGAAGUACCAGACCAAGUAGCCGUUGAUGAGGAGGAAACCUUCUAG